UCCUCCACCUCCUCCACCUCCUCCACCUCCUCCACCUCCUCCACCUCCUCCACCUCCUCCUCCUCCUCCUCCUCCCUGCUGGUGGCUGCUCUGCUCCGCCCUCCCCAAGAUGGCGGCCCUAGGUGUAAACAAGGUCGGGGCUGGCGCCGGGCUGGACGGCAGUCGGGGGUCCGGUGGCAGCGGCCGCGGCCCGGCUGGCGCCGCAGUGAAGGUUCUUGAGUGUGGUGUUUGUGAAGAUGUAUUUUCUUUGCAAGGUGACAAAGUUCCCCGGCUGCUUUUGUGUGGCCAUACUGUCUGCCAUGACUGUCUUACCCGGCUUCCCCUUCAUGGCAGAGCAGUUCGUUGUCCUUUUGAUCGACAAGUUACUGAACUAGGAGAUUCUGGUGUCUGGGGCUUGAAAAAGAAUUUUGCUUUGUUGGAACUCUUGGAACGGUUGCAGAAUGGACCUGCUGGGCAGUGUGGGACAGCAGAAGAAGCCAUUGAUCUAUCUGGAGAGAGUAUCAUUCGUUGUGAUGAAGAUGAAGCCCACAUUGCAUCUGUAUAUUGCACUGUUUGUGCCACUCACCUGUGUGCAGACUGUUCCCAGCUUACGCAUUCUACAAAGACACUAGCAAAACACAGGCGUGUACCUCUUGCUGAUAAGCCUCAUGAGAAGACCAUGUGCUCCCAACACCAAGUGCAUGCUAUUGAGUUUGUUUGUUUAGAAGAGGGCUGUCAGGGGAGUCCUCUUAUGUGUUGUGUCUGCAAAGAAUACGGGAAGCAUCAAGGUCAUAAGCAUUCUGUCUUGGAACCAGAAGCAAACCAGAUUCGUGCAUCCAUUUUAGACAUGGCCCACUGUAUAAGAACUUUCACAGAAGAAAUCUCAGAUUAUUCCAGAAAAUUAGUUGGAAUUGUUCAGCAUAUAGAAGGAGGAGAACAAAUAGUUGAAGAUGGAGUUGGAAUGGCCCAUACUGAACAUGUACCAGGGACUGCGGAGAACGCUCGCUCAUGUGUCCGAGCCUAUUUUUCUGAUCUUCAUGAAACUCUUUGUCGUCAGGAGGAAAUGGCUCUUAGUGUUGUUGAUGCUCAUGUGAGAGAGAAGUUAAUUUGGCUUAGGCAACAGCAGGAAGACAUGACCAUCCUAUUGUCACAGGUUUCAACAGCUUGCCUUCAUUGUGAAAAGACUUUACAACAGGAUGACUGCAGAGUAGUGUUGGCCAAACAGGAAAUUACAAGGUUGCUAGAGACGUUACAGAAACAGCAGCAGCAGUUUACAGAACUUGCAGAUCAUGUACAGCUGGAUGCUAGCAUACCUGUCACUUUUACAAAGGACAACAGGGUACAUAUUGGACCAAAAAUGGAAAUUCGGGUUGUCACUCUAGGAUUAGAUGGAGCUGGGAAAACAACUAUUUUGUUUAAGUUAAAGCAAGAUGAAUUCAUGCAGCCAAUUCCAACGAUAGGUUUUAAUGUUGAAACAGUAGAAUACAAGAAUUUGAAGUUUACAAUUUGGGAUGUAGGAGGGAAGCACAAAUUGAGGCCCUUGUGGAAACAUUAUUAUCUCAAUACACAAGCGGUGGUGUUUGUUGUUGAUAGCAGUCACAGAGACAGGGUCAGUGAAGCACACAGUGAACUUGCAAAAUUAUUAACAGAGAAGGAACUGCGGGAUGCCUUGCUCUUGAUCUUUGCUAAUAAACAGGAUGUAGCAGGUGCACUUUCAGUAGAAGAAAUCACAGAACUGCUGAGUCUCCACAAACUCUGCUGUGGCCGGAGCUGGUAUAUUCAGGGUUGUGAUGCCCGAAGUGGUACAGGACUUUAUGAAGGAUUGGACUGGCUUUCGAGGCAGUUAGUGGCUGCUGGUGUCCUGGAUGUGGCUUAAUUUUACAGCAGCUGCAAUUUAAUGUUAUAGUUUACUCUUUUGUUUUGUUUGCACGAUUUAGGAUGUUGUAGCCUGGUCUGCUGUCUGAAGAGGGGACUUUAUUUAACCUGGUGGUUACAGAAACAUAUAAGCCUUUAUCCUAGAUCGGAUAACUGGUUCAGUAAACUUGUGCUGUUACAGUGUUUUUGAAAUUUGAUACAAGUAAUGGAAUGGGCUCAUUACAAGGGUGCCUUUAAAUUCUUUUUGGUGAAAUUAGGGUGUCGCAAUUUAAAAUUCUUCCCUGAUAAAAUAUACAUUGGAGUUCACCUAAUAAUUAUAACAAGGUUAAAGUAGUUAAUUGGUGUCAGAAAAUUUUUGAGUCGUUUAGAAAUACUUUCCCAGGAAACUAUUCCAGAAUCCAUCUCAAGUUAUUAGAGUAGCCAGCUCUAUUAGUCAGAAAUAAAUGGUGCUACUCUUUAAUAUCUAAAGAAUGCAUUUAUCUAAAGGUGGCAUUGAAAAUUACAUGCAAGUACACCACAAAAAGAAAAUGUUUCCCCCAUUAUUUAUUCCCUGUUUGUUACCGGAUGGCAGCAUAACUGGGCAAAGAAAUCUGAGAAUGGGGAACAGUGUUGCAGGGCUAGGGGGGUGUGACAUUGUUUAGCUACUCCUUUUCUGGUUGAGGGGGAGGAGUUGGGGUUUUUUGUUAACUGUACACAUGCUAAAUUAUUUAUGGAAAGACUAUAGUGAUAUUGGGCUGAAAGUGUUUUGUGCGUGCUUGAGGACAUAAUCUGCUGUUAGAGGUUAAGGUUACUCCUCAAGAAGUCAAAUGAAGUUUAAAAAAACCCAAACAACUUCUUAAAGAAGUAGUGUGGUGUAAUGUCAAUCCAGCUAUGUACUGUUAUGUAGAAGUCAUGCUUCCAGAUUAAGGUGGUGGCCUUAAAAUAUUAAAUAACACAAUGUAAAAGCAGUGUACACUAAUUAUAACUCUUACUUAGAAGAGCAGAUGGUAAAAUGUGAUAUAAACCUUCCAUAAUUAGAUUUUCAGUUCUUACUGUAUCUUCUACAUGGAACUAUCACCAAUGCCUCUAUUUUCGGAGAUUGCUCAUUCACAAACCCAUGAAAUAUGGGUAUAGUGCUGUUUAAAUUCAGAGAAGGUUGCAACGACUUAGUGAUGUCUCUUUGUCCGCUGCACAUGCAACUCUGCUAACAAUUUUAUGUCUGGUAUGCACAGCAGAAUCUUCUGCCCUCCUCUUUAAGUACACAGCCAUUGCCAAUUGAAGAACCAUGCCAUGGACCUCUUCGUGUCGGGAGAGGACCUAUGAAGAGCAUGGCCAAUAGAUCAAAACUGCGUAUCAUCAACUUUUCUUACUGGAGUAGAGGUGAAUCAGGAGAACCAGACAGGGAAGUGAGCAUGGUUGUUUCACAGAUGGGUAGAUCUUUUUACCAUGCUGAAAAGCGUGUUUACCUGUGAGAGCUGUGAACUUCACCUGGCAAAGAAAAUGUACCCCAUUAUCUGUGGCUUUGGCUUUUAUUGUAAUGUUACCAAUUUUAUGAUGUUUUCUCACUACAUACCUUUGGUAAAGCUAAGAAUGUAUAAACAAAUAAUUUAGUACAUUUGCACUUUUCUUCAAGAGGAAGCAGUUAAGGUAACUACUUCCUCAUGAUGACACUUAUUUGUAGUUUUCUCUUGUUACUUAAAUUUCCUGUAAAUGGUGUUAAAUGCAGCUUCAGAUUCAGCAAGUCUAAUAACUUGGAAUAGGAGCUGAAAGAACGCUAAGCUUUAAAGUAAAAUGUUUGUGAAAUGGGUUUCAGUGCCUAUGUAGGUGCUGAGAAGGAGUAUUUACUCUUUCUUCAGACAACCUGACAAAUUUGGAAAUAGUUUACAAUGGAGUGAAAGGUGUUUUCUUGCACCUGCUGAACUAAAAAUUGUUCAUCCUUCCCAGCCUGUAACUUCUUGCACAAUAGACAGUUGGCUGCUCUGACUUGAGCAUCUGCUUAGCCUGUACUGCAGAGCAGUCCCAGACCUACUUAGGGCUGACUGUCCCUUCAUAGCUUUUUUUUUAAAUAUGAACAAGUUCUGCUAAGCAUGGUAGAUACCUUUUCCUGGAAUAUUUUUAACAGAGAAGACAUGCAUCCUUUAGAAAAAUCCUGAUUCUGUAAUUUUAUUUUAGCUGGCUUAUACUUCAGUUAUACAUGCCUCUCAGUAUAGUUCUACUACUUUAAAAUGUUCAGGGUGACUAGUUCGGAUUUUUUGUAACAUUACAUUUGAGGGCAGAGGAAAAAUUCUCACUCAUGCAUAUUUUUGAGUACAAAAGAUUGCUUGUGACACAUGGAAUGCUACCAUAAAAGUGUUUUUAAAUGGAAUUUAUUUAAGAUGACUUGAAGUAACUGUGAAAGUGUUGCAUUCAUCUGUGAACUCUUCAGUGUAAACCAGUACACUAAGAGGUUUAUUUGUAUUAUAAAUUAAUACUACAUAUAAAUUGCUUCUGUUAUAAAUUUAAGCUUGUUUCACCAGUUUCACUGAACUUUAGUUUUUAGUGUACUGACUUAUGCAGUGUGUAAUUGGAAUAUUUCCUCAACUAGAAGUCACUCAAGCAUUACUAACUGUGAGGAUUAUUUGAAAAGACUGAAUAACUUUUCAUAGGAUUUUGACUUAAUUGUGAAAGUGAGUAUGUAUAACAUCCAGUGACUGUGUUGUGGCUUUCUUUAAAGAAUCUCAGCUCAAAAAUAGUAUGUCUAGGUUAACUGAAAAAUAAUGUUUUAUCACUUGAUAUGGUCUUACUGUAUGCUACCUUCAAAUUUAUUGUGGACUAUGUGAUACAGGAUGGUUUUAUUCUGAGAUAGCUCUUAUUCUGAAUUGUUGGAGUAGGUGUGGAUGUUAUGUAAAGAUUUCUUGAAAGAAGGGGUUCUUUUAGUGGAAACAAUUCAUGAGCUGCUGCAAUUUGAGUUGCCCAGAAAAUGAAUUAUUUUCAAUAAAAGUAUCUAAAACUUUG